AUGGCGCAGGCGCCUUUGCCCGUGGACUCGAAGCCACCGCAAAUCGCGGAGAGCGCGCUUGCGCAAUCUGGUUCCUCGAAGUCGAACUAUAAGGGUUUUGUGGCGGGUGUGUUUUCGGGUAUUGCGAAGCUGAGUGUUGGACAUCCAUUCGAUACAAUCAAGGUUCGCUUGCAGACUAGUAAAGAUACACAAUUCCGGGGUCCUUUGGAUUGUACGUUGCAGACGUUACGGAAUGAGGGAUUGAGGGGAUUUUAUAAGGGUGCGACGCCGCCGCUGGUCGGAUGGAUGGUGAUGGAUUCUGUUAUGUUGGGGUCAUUAACGCUAUACCGCCGUCUGCUUCUUGAGAACGUUUUCUCAAAACCGAACAUUCGUCCUUAUCUGCCGUUCUGUGGACGACAGGACCUUACAAUUUUGCCGAGCUUCGGUCAUGGUAUUGCGGGUAUCAUGGCUGGAACGACGGUCAGCUUUAUUGCUGCUCCUGUUGAACAUAUCAAGGCUCGUUUGCAGGUGCAGUAUGCAGCCGAUAAGACGAAGCGCCUGUACAGUGGACCUAUCGAUUGCUUGGUCAAGAUGCUUCGCUCGCACGGUAUUAGCGGUGUCUACCGCGGUCUUUGGGCAACUGUAUUCUUCCGAUCAUUCUUCUUCUUUUGGUGGAGCUCCUACGAUGUGUUAACUCGUGUCUUCAAGAAGAAGACGAACAUGUCUGCUCCGGCCAUUAAUUUCUGGGCUGGCGGUAUCUCCGCGCAGUGCUUCUGGCUUACUUCUUACCCUUCAGACGUUGUGAAGCAGCGUUUGAUGACAGAUCCAAUGGGUGGAUCUCUGAAUGACGGUCAGCGACAAUUCCGCGGCUGGAAAGACGCCGCGGUCGCUGUCUGGCGUGAACGUGGGCUCAAGGGAUACUGGCGCGGCUUUGUGCCUUGCUUCUUGAGGGCAUUCCCGGCGAAUGCCAUGGCUCUUGUCGCCUUUGAAGGCGUUAUGCGCACCCUGCCCUAG